AUGCGAAACGGACUGGAGGCACAAAAUGUUCCCUUGCUAACACCCGAUGGAAAGAAAUGUGUGCGUUUACUUGAUUUACUUCAAGCUGAGAGAGCAUUAGUCGUGUACUUUGGCAGUUGUAGUUGCCCAGUGUUUAUGAAUAAACUGAAAGAAUUUGGUGUUAUAGCUCAAGAUUUUUCAGAUAUCGUGGAUUUUGUCGUUGUAUAUAUUGAAGAAGCUCACCCAAUUGAUGGAUGGUCUUUCAAGAAUAACUUUAUCAAAGUACGAAAGCAUCGAAAUCAAUAUGAAAGAUGCAAAGCCGCGCAAAAGCUACAAGAACUCAAUUUUCCAAGUCAAAUAAUGGUAGAUACAAUGGACGACAAUGCAAAUGUGGCCUAUGGAGCGUUGCCUGAGAGACUCUACCCCAUCGAAGAAGGUAAAGUCGCAUACGUGGGCGGACAGGGACCAAUGAAUUCAUCAAUGAAAGAAGCACGUGACUGGCUAGAGUCAUAUCGCGAGAAAAACACAUUUAGAAGAUGGACAAUCUAA